ACCCACCCUCAAUCUUAUCUUCUGCUUCUCCACCUCCAUCCUUCCUCUUAUCUCGGACACUCUCCGAGAUAUACUUCGUCACGAGCGUUUAUCGAAUGUUGACUGCGUUCAAGAUGGCAGUUAUCGGUCCUCUCUCGUGGAGAACACUGCAUUCGGCAGCUUUGUCCGGGUUGUUGACCACGCUUAUCAGCGCUGGGUGCAACCGAUUUCCACCGACCAAGUCUCGAAUGAUCAGAGGGUUCAAAGCCAUGUUUCGAGCAACUAUGAUGGACAUUCCCAGCACCUUAUCUCAUAACAAUAGAGGGAAAGCUGUCGAGGUCGAGGCCGGUUGUCUUGGGAGUAUUUAAGGCACCCCUCACUUCGCGAGUAGUCUUUCAGCAAGCCAUCAAGAAAGAUCACACAUCCUUCCAAAUGGCGGACAACCUACCCCAGGGAACUGUCAAGCACCAGGAAAAGGAGAAGCUCCCUCCUAUACAUGUAUCCAAACCCGACGAUGUGGAAGUCGGCCAGGUCUCCUCGCUCGACGAAGCCGAGCUCUUCCUCCACGAGCACGGCGUCUCCCACGAACAACUUCAGGCCAUGCUCGACGACCCCGUCCGGACGAAGAAGCUGAGAAGACGCAUUGAUCUGAUCCUGCUCCCGCUCAUGUGCGGCACAUACUGUCUUCAAUACAUCGACAAGCAGGCCUUAUCGUACAGUGCGGUGUUUGACUUGUUCACCGAUGCCCAUAUCGACAGUAACCAGUACAGCUGGCUUGCCAGUAUCUUCUACUUUGGGUAUCUGUUCUGGGAAUACCCGGCCAGUUAUAUUGCACAGCGGCUGCCGAUCGGCACCGUUGUGUCGAGUUUCGUAAUUGCCUGGGGUGCGAUUCUCAUGAUCACCGCGGCCUGCCAUAACUUCACGGGAAUGGCUGUGUGUCGGUUUUUGCUGGGGUGCUUUGAAUCGCCAAUCACUCCGUGUUUCAUGAUGAUUGUGGGCAUGUGGUAUGUUCGUCAAGAGCAGCCCUUCCGCGCCGGGAUCUUCUACUGCUGUAACGGGGUGGGGUCGAUGGUUGGUGGACUCAUCACCUACGGCAUCGGCCAGAUGGACGGCUUUCCCGUCUGGCGCGCUGUAUUCCUCAUCUGCGGUGGCGCUACCAUCCUCUGGGGAAUCCUGAUGCUACUCUUUCUCCCGAACAGUAUCCUCUCCUCGAAACGCUUCUCCGUGGAAGAGACGAUCAUGCUCAUUGGCCGCGGAAAGCAGAAUCACACUGGUAUCCUCAACCGCUCGAUCAAGUGGUACCAGAUCCGCGAAGCCCUCGUCGACCCGCAAGUCUGGCUAUUGUUCCUGUUCACUCUUCUGAAUGAGACCGUCAACGGGGGUGUAGCCAAUUUCGGCAAACUCAUCAUCCGCGGCCUCGUCUCCAGCUCGCUGCUCACCACGGUCCUGAGCAUCCCCCAAGGCGCCUUCCAGGUCUUCUUCAUUCUGUCCGGCACGUACCUUUCCUCGCGCUUCAAGAACAUCCGCACGGUCAUCAUGGCCGUGUAUCUCAUCCCGACGGUGACCGGAGUUUGCCUGCUCUGGAAGCUGCCGCGGACGAAUCGCUACGGCGUCUUGUUCGGAUACUACAUCGUCGGAUCCUUCGUGACCUCGCUCGUCCUCGCGCUGCAGAUGCCCUCCAGCAACAUGGGCGGCUACACCAAGCGCGUCACGGCCACGGCCUUCGUGUUCCUGGCCUACUGCAUCGGGAACAUCAUCGGCCCGCACGCGUUCCUGGCCGCCGAGGCGCCCGUGUACGCGACCGGGUGCAAGUUGAUCCUGGCGUGUGCGUUGUGUCAGAUGGUGAUUGCGGGGAUGUUGCGGGUGCUAUUGGCGCGGAGGAAUCGCCAGCGCGAGUUCGCUGUUACCACUGCUGGAAGCGGAGGGGACGAAGGAGGAGAGGUGAUGGCCGAUCUGACGGAUUUCGAGAAUUCGCAAUUCCGCUAUGUUCUCUAA